CGGCUUCACUUGGCCCUGGGCUAUGAGAGCAGAAGGAGCGCCCAUCACUAGAAAACAAAAGCUACAAAACGCAACCUCGAUGCUGCUGUCGAAUCGUUCCUAGCUGAAAUUGAUCGAUUCCCCCCACAGGAAAAGAUUGAUGGUGUCCCGCAGCUUAAGAUUAACCCAUAGUACGCCAACCACACAGUGCAUGCGAACGCGUUCCGUUGCCCUUGUCGUCGUGCCGAAGAAUGGCAGAACAAUGUACCGUGAGCAUUGAAGACAGAAAGCAGCAACAACAAGAACAACCCGCCAUCUCCCAUGACGCUAGCCACCCGGCCAGCCGGAGCCCUCUGAGCAGCUGUAUCAAAUCACCCACGACGUGCGUUGCGGUAGCAAUAACUGCGGCAACAACCAGCGCAACGAUCAUCAAAACCGUCGACGAUGACAACGACGUGUUGGAGCAGGACGGUAGCACCGAUGGGACCAGUACACCGAGGACAACAGCUUGCGAUCAUCGUUCGACCAACACCCCAAGCAGUGGUGUGACACCACUGUCAGUGGCCGGGGAUGACAGCGAUGGCGUAAAGAAGAAGCCGUACCGGUUGUUUUCGUCCACCAUCGCCGCCGUAGAAAGCGAUCGGACGCAGCAACACCAUCACUUGCUACGCAUGGAUAGUAAUGGUAGCGAUGAUAUCGAUGGUAGCCUGCGACACGACGAUGAGCCGGUGGAUCGGAAGCAGUUGGAUUGUCCGAUCCUGCUGGAAACGCCUGCAAUGGAACGGGUGGACGAAACGGGCAGCAACGAUGGUGUGGUAAAACUGGAGUGCACCGGUGAGGGUGAUGAUGGUGGUAUCGGCAGUAAGCUGACGACCAUCAGCGAAAAGCUUGCCGCAGUUAAACCAAAGCGCCUCAGCGAUGAAUUCUUCUCGGCGGACGAUGAGAACGACGACGAGGAGGACGAGGACUACGAGGAGCAUGAGGAUGAAAGGAGAAAAUCGAACGGAGACUGCUUCGAUGGCCCCGAUCACAGCACGAUGGUCGAUAGCGAUGCUCAGGCAAGUCUGAGUGAGAUAAAAAAUCUCAGCAUCACCUGUUGCGGGAAACUGAAGGAUGACGAUGACGAUGUGCAUGAGCAGGAGGAGGAGGAGGAGGGUAGACAGAAUUGCCAGUCCAGUUUGAGUCCUUCCUGCUCAAAGGAUGUGGAACUGAGCGCGAUAAAACCGAAUAAAGUUUCAUUCAAUGUGGUUGAGCACAUCAUCAAGGAUCAGGAGCAACAGAAUGCGGCCAUGGCCAACGCCAGGGUCGACGCUGUUGCUGCCGCCGCCGCCGCCGACGAGGAAGAUGAAGAACUGCUACUGGACGAUGUGCAAUCGAUGGACGCGAUCGAACGACGCGAUUUCGAGCAGGAGGGUGGUUUUUUGAUAAGAAACAGAUCACUGAUAUCUGGCGAUAGACUGAAUUUAGAAUUUUUAAAUAACACACAUCCCCGUCCCAUGUCGAACGAGCGCACCGAAACGCAACCGUCAGACCCGCAACCAUCAUCGGAGAACGGAUCCUGCACAGAAGCGUCGGCGCCAGACGCGUCCUCUAAACCAGCUGUCGAAAUUCCUGGUGCAACAUCUUCUUCCUGCUCCUCAUCCUCCUCCUCCUCUUCUACAUCGGUGGCGACGUGCACGGCAUUAAAUACGAGAGCGCCAGCACAGCACACAACCACGCCAACGAGCAGUAGAUAUCAGCACAAGAAGCAUCAUCAUCAUCAUCAUCAUCAGCACAAGAAACAACACCAUCGGGAGGGUAAAAAAGUUAGCGGUAAGCCGCACGUAAGCAACACUGGUAGCGAUAGCUUUAGUAGUAGUUAUAAUAGGGAAACCGAGAACAAUUGUACAACCAGGUACGCCGUUUACGAGCUUACGAUGGCCCUCUCCGCUAGUCUAGCUAAAUGGAACGACAUGAAGUUUGAAGAGCUGGAGCACUGUACCGGAGGCGGAGGAGGCUCCACCAGCAGCACCAAGACGUCACCAAUUGCGUCCUCCUUUGCAACCUCCUCCAACUCCUUGUCGGCUUCUUCCUCCUGCUCGUCGAACGACACGUCCGCAGAUGCGAAACCGAUUGCAAAGGAAUGUAAACCGGAGCUUGCCGAUGCCUUUUUGAAUGCAAACUCAAACGAUAGCGUUUCCUCGGAUCGGUCCCUGUUUGGUGUGGCUGGCACUACUGCGGUAGAAGAAACCACACUCAUCGUGCCCGAUGUGCAGACGAAGGACGAACCUGACACGCAUCACGACGAUCCUUGCUCCUCCACCUCAUCGACGGCAUCGUACUCGUCCUCCUCUUCGCCGGCCCAUUCACAGACAACGACGGCACAGCACAACGAGGAUGUGUCGAUGCACAUUUGUUCCACGGCCGGUUUGCCACCGACUGCAUCUCAUUCGGCUUCCUCAUCCGUUUCGUCUUCUCACGAAGAGACUAGUGCCACCAUCAAAAGCGAACCGGCGGAUAGUAGUAAGCCUUUGUGCGAGGAAGAUGACGAUGUGGAGGAUGAAGAGGAGGAGGAGGAAGAAAAUCACGACGACGAAGUGGAUUCUAAAGCAAUGAAAACAGUUUCGUCGGAACAUUCUUCCACGGUGGCGCCUUCCAGCUGUUCCGGGGGAAGAGCCUUCAAGGAGGAACCGGUCGGAACAUCCGGCAAGCUAUCCUUCAGCUGUGCUUUUCCCAAGGACGAGGGAAGCAAAGAGUUGCUUCCAUCAACCUCCGCCAACGGUAGCAUUGUGCCGAAGGUGGAAGAGGUGGAAUCGAAACCUCGACCCAGUGGGUCACCAACACAUCAGCAGCAGCAGCCUCAGCAAAACUCUCAACAUCACCAUCGACGACAGUUUCAUCACCAUCGAGCAGCUGGAACCGGUGAGGGAACGAUCGCCGCCGCAUCCUCUACAUCCUCCUCAUCUUCACGUGUGGUAACGGUCAAUGGGUCGGUUCCGGCUGGACCCGCCACAAGGGACGCGGCCAACCCCGUUGUGCCGGAAGUUGUGGUAGCUUCCUUCCAUCAGCAGCGUGAUGCCAGCACAAACACCUCCAACUCGCCCGAAUCCAGCGAACCGGAGAUCGACGAAGAGGAUUGGGCGGACUGUGAGGAGGGAACGGAUGAGGAGGUGUGUACCUGCCGCGAUUAUACAGACGAGGAUGGGUUUGCUAGCAGUGAGGAUGAAUUACCAUCGCGUGACGUUGAUCUUUCGAGCUAUACGCACCUGGACACGAUAUCGGACGAUCUGUUACACGAUGCGCAAACACCACGGCUUCAUCGGAAGCGGAAGUUGACGGAAAAUCGAACUAUACUAUACGGAGGAGAUAAUAGCAGCCCGUCGACCGAAUCGUUGAACUACAGCAGCCGCAAACGGUUGGCACUGGAUGGAUCGACUGUUACGGCGACUGGUACUAGCAGUACAGGUUCGGUUAAUGGUGGAUCGCCUGGGUCAGCAGCAGCGGCUGCGGCGCCAACGACACCGGCAGCAUCAAACGGUGUGACUUCAUUGUCUAAUGGCGGUGUAUUGACCACGCCGCGAUCAUCCCUUCGAAGCCCAAUGAAUAUCACAACUACACCUACAUCAUCCACAUUGGGCGAACGCAAGACACCAAGAACCAUUAUUCCGACCAAAGAUAAUCCUCCUCCAGAGCUAAAUGAAUGGUUGAUGCAAUUCCAGCGAUGGACGCACGUUGAACGCUUGCUAGCUGUGGAUCGACUGAUCGAACACUGCGAACCGACCCAGGUGCGCCACAUGAUGAAGGUGAUUGAACCCCAGUUCCAGCGAGACUUUAUCUCACUGCUGCCAAAGGAGCUAGCACUGCAGGUACUGUCCUACCUGGAGCCGAAGGAUCUGCUCCGGGCCGCCCAAACCUGUCGCAGCUGGCGCUUCCUGGCGGACGACAAUCUGCUGUGGAAGGAAAAGUGCAAAGAGAGCGGUAUCGGUAUCGAACCAUCGACGGAUCGUCCGAAGCGGGGUCGUACCGGCAACAUGCCACCGAUAUCGUCGCCCUGGAAGGCGGCAUACAUGCGCCAGCACAUCAUCGAAAUGAAUUGGCGCUCGCGCCCAAUCCGUACGGCGAAGGUGCUGAAGGGCCAUGACGAUCAUGUCAUUACGUGCCUUCAAUUUUGCGGCAAUCGUAUCGUGUCCGGGUCGGACGACAAUACGCUCAAAGUUUGGUCCGCCAUUACGGGGAAGUGCCUUCGAACGCUUACUGGUCAUACGGGCGGUGUGUGGUCGUCACAAAUGUCGGGCAACAUCAUCAUCUCCGGCAGUACGGAUCGUACCCUGCGCGUCUGGAAGGCCGACACGGGACAGUGCAUGCACAUACUCCACGGUCACACGUCGACCGUGCGCUGUAUGCACCUACAUGGCAGCAAAGUCGUCAGUGGUUCGCGUGACGCUACUUUACGCGUCUGGGAUGUGAACUUGGGCACUUGCUUACACAUGCUGGUUGGCCAUCUGGCUGCCGUCCGCUGUGUGCAGUACGAUGGUAAGCUGAUAGUGUCCGGUGCGUACGACUACAUGGUGAAGGUGUGGAACCCCGAGCGUCAGGAAUGUCUGCAUACAUUGCAGGGACACACGAACCGUGUCUAUUCAUUGCAGUUUGACGGUAUUCAUGUUGUUUCCGGUUCGCUGGAUACAUCGAUACGCGUGUGGGAUGCCGAAACGGGUUCCUGUAAACAUGCGCUCAUGGGACACCAGAGCCUCACAUCGGGCAUGGAGCUGCGACAGAACAUUCUCGUGUCCGGUAAUGCCGAUUCCACCGUAAAGGUUUGGGACAUCAUUACCGGUCAAUGUCUGCAGACACUUUCAGGACCAAACAAACACCAAUCCGCCGUAACAUGUCUGCAGUUCAAUUCGCGCUUCGUCAUCACCAGCUCGGACGAUGGCACGGUGAAGCUGUGGGAUGUCAAGACGGGCGAAUUUAUCCGCAAUCUAGUGGCCCUAGAAUCUGGCGGUUCCGGUGGCGUUGUAUGGCGUAUACGUGCAAACGAUACAAAGCUAAUCUGUGCCGUUGGCUCACGCAAUGGUACGGAGGAAACCAAACUGAUGGUACUCGAUUUCGACGUAGAAGGUGCCUGCUUGAAAUGCUCAUAAUUUUUAAGAUGACUUCUACUACUUCUA